AUGGCACCCCCCAAGAGCGCAGAUGCAUCCACGGUGCCCGUACUCAAGGACCUCACCAUUGAGAACAUUACCGAGAAUGUACAUCGCAUCAACUCGCAAUGUGCCGACCCGCGACUGAAAUACGUCAUGGAGCGUCUGGUGUCGCACCUCCAUGACUUUGCCCGCGAGACACGAUUGAGUUUUGAUGAGUGGAUGGCUGGUAUACAGUUCCUCACACAAGUAGGGCAGAUAUGUACGGAUGUGCGACAGGAAUUCAUCCUCCUCUCAGACAUCGUCGGCCUCUCCCUCCUCGUCGACUCAAUCGACCACCCCAAACCCGCCUCCAGCACCGAAGGCACAGUCCUCGGUCCCUUCCACACACACGACGCCCCCUCCUCAGCCCCAGGUGCAAACAUAUCCGCCGACCCAGACGGCGAGCCCCUCCUCGUUCUCUGCACCGUCAAGACAACAUCCGGGCAGCCCGUACCAGGCGUCAAAGUCGAUGUCUGGGAAACAGAUUCCCACGGCAAAUACGACGUGCAGUACGAGACGCGCGGCGACAAAGCAGACGGCAGAGCAGUGAUUUCAAGUAAUGACGACGGCGUGUUUUGGUUCAAGGGGAUUGUUCCCGUGCCGUAUCCUAUUCCUAAUGAUGGGCCUGUGGGGAAAUUGUUGGAGAGGCUGGGCCGGCAUUGUUGGAGACCUAGCCAUAUGCAUUUUAUGUUUGAGAAGAGUGGGUUUGAUAAUUUAGUCACCGCACUCUACGUCCGUGGCUCCGACUACGAAACCUCGGAUGCCGUCUUUGGCGUAAAAGAAAGUCUAAUCGUAGCCCUCGAGACUGUGUCGCAAGAACAAGCGAGGAAAUACGAUGUAGCCGAGGGAACAAAGUUAUUGAAAUACGACUUUGUGCUUGUGACGGAUGAGGAGACGAAGAAGUUGCGCCAUGAUGAGGCGGUCAAGGCGAUGAGAUCGUUGGGAAGGGAGGGUAUGAUUAUUGUUAAUGGGUUACCGGUUCCGGAUGUGGAUUAG